AUGGCAGCGGCAGACGAGCUGGCCUUCCACGAGUUCGAGGAAGCUACUAAUCUGCUGGCCCAGACCCCAAAUGAGGCCACCACCAGAGGUGAUCAGCUGGUUCCCCAGCAGCACGUGGCUGUGGCCAUGGACUCAGGUGGCAGCUACGGAGCUGAGGACGAGGUGGAAGAGAGUGACAAGACCGCGCUCCUACAGGAGGAGACGCAGCAGCCUGGUUUCUGGACCUUUGGCUACUAUCAGAGCUUCUUUGACGUGGACACCUCACAGGUCCUGGACCGGAUCAAGGGCUCGCUGCUGCCCCGGCCCGGCCACAACUUUGUACGGCACCAUCUGCGGAAUCGGCCAGACCUGUAUGGCCCCUUCUGGAUCUGUGCCACACUGGCCUUCGUCUUGGCCGUCACCGGCAACCUGACCCUGGUGCUGGCCCAGAGGAGGGACUCACCCAGACUCCCGUGAGUGACCGUGGCCGGCACCGCCAUCUACUGCUACACGUGGCUCGUGCCGCUGGCGCUGUGGGGCUUCCUGCAGUGGCGCAAGGGUGUCCGGGAGCGCAUGGGGCCUUACACCUUCCUGGAGACGGUGUGCGUCUAUGGCUACUCCCUCUUUGUCUUCAUCCCCACUGUGGUCCUGUGGCUCAUCCCUGUCCCAUGGCUGCAGUGGCUCUCCUGGGCCCUGGCCCUGGCCCUGUCAGCCGCGGGCCUGGUGUUCACCCUCUGGCCCGUCGUCCGUGAGGACACCCGGUUGGCAGCUGUGCUGCUGCUCUCCGCGGUGGUGCUGCUCCACGCCCUCCUGGCCACGGGCUGUAAGUUUUACUUCUUCCAGCCGCUGCCUCUGGAGCCCGCGGCACUUCCCCACCAGGCCACAUCUCAGCCCCCAACCGUACUACUGUCACCGCCCCCACCAAGGUCCGCAGCAGCCUAG